AACAAAUUUCACAUCCCAAUAACAAAAAGCAUAAGCGAAAUAUUGCACUGUUUUGUAUUAAUUUAUAUUUUAAACUACCAUGGCCGCCUUGGCCAGUUUGACUGAACAGUAUACGGAUUCCGAGAAUGAGGGAGAUGUCAGUCCCGACUCGGAAAAUUCGGCAGCAUCACAGGUGAUAAUACCAAAGCGUCCGUCACCGCCACCAACUCCCGUCAAGCAAGAUGUUCCGCCGCCGUCAAAGAAAUCGAAAAAAAAGAAGCGGCCCAAGAAAGUGCGCCGCCUGGUUAGCUAUCAAGAUGAUACACUUAUUUCUGACGAAGAUGAAGACCGAGCCCAGGGGUCGCCUAACGAUGAGGAGUCUUCUUCUUCCGACAGCAUGGGUUCCGAAUCGGAUAACGAGAACAAUGAGAACAGCAUUCGAGAUCGCAGCACUAGCAAGGUCGAAGGCGAAGCUGAUGUGCCCAUGGAAACAGAUGAUUCGGUUAAUACAUAUUAUACAGACGAUCGUCCAGCGGAGAGUUAUGAAAAGGAUCCGAAAUAUGCCAAGUACAAAUUCCAAUUGCCACCCGAACCCAAGGGUAAACCUCCGCCAGAACUGGUGAAUAAAAUCACAAAAAUGUUUAGCAAAAUGCAACAAACCAACAUGGACAUGAAUCGGGUUAUCCAGGAUCGCAAAGAGUUCCGUAAUCCCAGCAUCUACGACAAGUUGAUUAGCUUUUGUGACAUUAAUGAGUUUGGCACUAACUAUCCACCCGAAAUCUACGAUCCUCUGCAGUGGGGCGAUGAGUCCUACUAUGAGGCCCUGUCGUUAGUACAAAAAACGGAAAUGGUAAAACGUCAGAAGGAUCGCAAGGAUCUGGACAAAGUGGAACAAGCCACAGCCUUGGCCCGAAAAGUAGAGGAGGAGGCUAAAAAGCGGAAAUCAAAAUGGGAUCAGCCAGCCUCAUCAACCUCGACGUCUGUUAAGUCUACGCUACCUGCAUUAACCACCACGGUAACAGGGACCAAGGGAACUGUCAUAUCAGCUUUCGGUUCGCUGCCUAAGAAGCCAGCGGUCUAGUUUUAGUAUAUAAUAAUUUAAUCAAAAUACACAUUGAGUUCAGUUGUGACGUCACAGCAUUUUAAAAA